UUCCUUUUCCUUUGUCAAAAACAAACCUUUCCAAUUUUUUUUUAUUUAUCUAUCUGCUCCUUCCACGAAAUCACCUUUCUUACUAAAAAAACCAAACUUUCGUACACUUAUAUAAACCCCAAAACAUUGUUAAAUUAUUUCCCAUUCUCAUCCAUCAUACCUUUACAAGGAACACUUAAUCUUUUUUUUUUUUUCUUUUUUGCUUUUUGUCGUUUUGAUUUCUUCAAUGGAUGUAUUGGGCGUUCGCCAAAUGAAAAUCAACAAGAAGAAUGCAAAAAAAAGCAAUAGUAAGAAAGAUAUUAAAGUUGUUUACAUUUCAACUCCUAUGAAGGUUGAGACAUGUGCCUCUCAAUUUCGAGCUUUGGUGCAAGAACUCACCGGAAAAGACUCCGAUGUCGCGGCCCGGUUCAUGGACAACUACGACAGUUCUGAAAAUUCUCCUACCAAUUCCGAGGCCACGAGGGUUGUCGCUGAUGAUCCUAUGGUUGGAUUGCCUUUGGUUAAUUCCAACCACGAAUCCGUGUUUGAGCCAUUUGAUGAUGUUGGACUUAUGUCCGAAGGGAGUAUCUUGGGGCUGUAUAGUUCAAAUUUGUUUUAUGAUCCUUCUCAGUUUGAUGCUAUUAGAAGCUUUGGUUCAGUUUAAUUUUGUUGGCCAAAUCUUUGGUUCAGUUUAAUUAAUUAAUAAUUUUAUAGUCAUAGUCUUUUUUUUUUUUUUCAUUAGUGCAUAAGUAAUAUUCUAUUGAUAUUUUUUCUUGAGGCAUGAUAAAAUUUUGAUUUUCUUAAAUGAGUGCUGUGAUCACUAAAUAUUAUUUACCUCUUGAUAUUAAUUAAAUUGCUUUACUUCGUUGGCAUUUGAGAUUUU